AAUCAAAGCACAAUACACCAGUCCACCAGCUGUAGAGUUUUAGCGUUGGCUGGCUUCCUCUCUUCUGUCGCCUUCGGGGGUUUACGACUCCCUCAAUUUCCAUUUCUGCUCUUUCCUUCUCUUAUUUGGGCUGAAUUGCACUAUUCUAAUGUUGGAGGAGACCCAAUAGCCGCAUACAAACUUCUCCUCGCUUGUAUUGCAGACACGCAUUUGCAAUUAAGUAGAGUCUUUGAGCCUUGUGGGUAUUUAAGAUUGGAUUUGAACUGGGUUUUGUUUAUUCUGGACCCUUCAUUACUUUUCUGGAUUCCCUGGUCCCCAACUAUUCCGAGGUCCCCAUGGCUUCCUGCUGCUUAGGAGCUUCAGGUAUUAAACUUCCAAAGUUGGAUUUUGACAGAGUAAGAGUUGGAAAUCUAAGGCAAUUGAAUGGCACAAGGACAUGGCUAGGCAGGAGACAAGUACAAUAUGUAGGUCUCACCGUAUCAUAUGAACCGAAGAAAGUAUUCAGCAUAUGUUGUGGUCCAAAAUUGGAAACAGAGUCUGCUACAAAUAGAGUGGACGACUUCAAAGGGAUUGAAUCAUCUGGCUUGACAAGUCAACUUAUUCCAAAUUCGUCUGAGGUUGAAGCUCUGGUGUCAGAAAUAUGCAAUACAACUUCUAUUGCAGAGUUUGAAAUGAAGGUUGGAGGAUUUAGGCUAUAUGUGAUGAGGGACUUAACUGAGAAAAGUAAACUUCCACCUCUGCCUACUCUUGCUCCUGCCUCUGCCCCUGCCCCUGCCCCUUCCAAUUCUACUGCUCUUGCUUCCCCUUCUGUCAGUGUUGAUACCAUCAGCAAGGCACCUGAUUCAAAUGGGUCAGUAUCUUCUACAUCUUUGGUUGUCUCCAAACCAGUACCUUUUUCAGGGGGGAUCAAAUCUUUUCUGGAUAGAGCUGCAGAUGAAGGCUUAAUAAUACUGCAGUCUCCAAGGGUAGGUUUUUUCCGAAGAUCUCGCACUAUAAAGGGACAACUUGCCCCUCCAUCAUGUAAAGAGAAGCAAAUAGUGAAGGAGGGCCAAGUGAUUUGCUUCAUUGAACAGCUGGGUGGCGAGCUUCCAAUUGAGUCUGAUGUAUCUGGUGAGGUGAUCAAAAUACUGCGCGAGGAUGGUGAACCUGUUGGAUAUGGUGAUGCUCUCAUUGCAAUACUACCUUCAUUUCCUGGAAUAAAGAAGCUUCAUCAAUAGAUGAUCUAAUACUGAGAUGAUGAUACAACGAGAGUCCUUUGCUCUUCUGUGUACUAACCAUGCUUUGCAGAAUAUGCAGUUGAGUGAUAUUUGGUGUUUCUUGGGAUUUUUACUCAAAUUUGAUGCUUACUCAUAUGGAUAACCUCCCCAAGUUUUGACAUUGCUCAAUAAAUAUAAUUGAACUUACAACUUUUAGCUGUGAAUUAUUCAUCAAUAUAGAGACUUCUUUCGAUUAUCAA